CUUAUAUCAAAAACAAUUGAAUAUUUACAUUUAUCAUGGUAACAUAACAAUACAAUAGCAUGCAUAUAAAUCAGUAUCUUAUCUUUCUAAAGGUAAAACGCUGUGGAUCGUACAGGGUUUAAGUUAGUAAGAAAUCAUCCUGCAGUGUUAAAGGUUGCAUUGCUGGCCCCUGAUCUAUGUGUUAUGAAGAUAUACAUGUUUAGGGGGUCGAUGAGCAGCCAAGGUAGUAGUUAUAGCAUUUCCUACUGUCACAAAAAGGUACUACAAAUCAAGUGUUUGACAUGUUGAUUUUAGGCUUUAUUUGUCAUUAAUGUCACCACUAUAAUCUAAGAUUAAAUAAAUCAAAUAAAAUGUAGAUAUAAAAAACGAUGUAUUAAUCUUGCCUGUUCUCCUCUUGUUUUUGGCCAUUAUUCAGGAUGUUAUGAUUCUCUAUUGUGGGGUUUUGGCGCCAUCUAGCGAACCAAUUAAAUGGUGUUAGGCUUAUGACAACAACUUCUGCUGGGAGUUAAAAAAAAAAAAAAAGAAACAAAAAGAAAAAGACAAUCAAAGUCAAAACAUUCACCACUGCUGACCAGCAUCUGGUCCAGAUGUGGGUCCAGACAAAGACAGUAGUCAUCAGGGAAUCCCCCGUAAGACAUAAAAAAAGUCCUGCGAGCAGCCAUUGGGGGCACAUACGCAUGCGCAGAAAUCUUAAGCCUGUCACUGUCUGAAGUUUCGUUUUGCUUAGGCGUGUUCCUGUAGGCUGUAGCAAACGAGCCAAAACUAGCUAAACUGUCAACAUGAAGUCGCGUCUAAGGUAUUGUUUUAGCCGAAUAUGAACUUUUCGAGAGUCAUCCAAACGUAUCAAGUAAAACUCGUACAAACCUGUUAGUUUGGCUAACUGGGGAGCAACAAUGGUAUUGUAAGCUAAGUGUAAACAAUCGACUGAGAGCCCUGGGAAAGGACAUUGGCAGACUGAUCUGAAAGCAUGGAGCGGUCCACGCUGAAACAGGGCCAGCUGUUUGGGUCUUGGGAAACCAAGGAAAGACUUGGAAUGGGAGGCUUUGGACACGUUUACUUAUACCAACAUGUGGACACCGGAGUGAAAAUUGCCGUGAAACAUUGCCGCCAGGGCCUGAGCCUUAAGAACAGAGAACGGUGGAGAAGAGAGAUUCAGAUCAUGACAAAGCUGAACCAUCAGAAUGUUGUUCAGGCCAGAGAAGUUCCUGAGGAGCUCCGUUCAAUCGCACGAAAUGACCUACCAUUGCUGGCAAUGGAAUACUGCUCAAAAGGAGAUUUACGAAAGGUGCUGCAUAAACCAGAAAAUUGUUGUGGAUUAAAGGAGAGUGAAGUCCUCUCGCUACUUAAAGAUAUUGGGGCUGGAAUCCAGUAUCUUCAUGAGAAAAAGAUCAUUCACCGAGAUCUGAAGCCAGAAAACAUAGUUUUACAAGAGAUCGAUGGCAAGCUUGUACAUAAAAUUAUAGACCUGGGGUAUGCAAAAGAUCUGGAUCAAGGCAGUCUCUGCACAUCCUUUGUUGGAACACUACAGUAUUUGGCUCCAGAGCUGUUUGAGAGCAAGCCCUACACUGUAAGCGUGGACUACUGGAGUUUUGGGACAGUGCUCUUUGAAUGCAUUUGUGGCUUCCGGCCUUUUCUGCACCACAUGCAACCCGUACAGUGGACAAGCAAAGUCAAAAACAAGGGGCCGAAGGACAUCAUGGCAUUCGAGGACAUGAACGGUGAAGUUCAUUUUUCAGCACGCCUACCAUAUCCCAACAGUCUUAGCAGACCUCUGCAGGAACAAAUAGAGUCUCUUCUCCAGAUGCUGUUGCUUUGGGAUCCUUCAAGUCGUGGCGGAGGACUGGAUCGUUACACAAAUAAGCCUCACUUUUACGCUGUUCUGCAAAAUAUUCUUAACAUGAAGGUCAUUCACGUCUUGGACAUGACUUCAGCCAAAGUGCACUCUUUAGAUUUGGGGACGGAUGAGAGUUUACUCUCUUUGCAGCUUCGCCUGGAAGCAAAAACAAAGGCACACAUUUCCCCACAGAACCAGGAGCUUCUGCUGGAGACAGGAAACUCCCUCGACCCCCGCACGCCGCCCAUCCAAUCUCUGCCAGAGGGCUUGCAAGGCUUGGAUAACUCCAUAGUGUUCCUGUUUCAUGCAAGCCUUAACAAAUACUCUGGACCACUGAUUGCCAGACGUGUGCCAGAGAGUGUCGACUUCAUAGUCAGGGAGACUAAAACACAGCUCCCCCUCUCCGCUCUUAGAAAGGUCUGGGCUGAAGCUGUCAGCUAUGUAUGUGGACUAAAAGAAGACUACAUCCGCCUGUAUCAGGGGCAGAGAGCUGCCAUGCUAAGUUUGCUGCGUUACAACACCACCUUGACCAAGUUCAAAAACGAACUGUUCUCUGAGUCACAUAAACUCCGAGCCAAACUGACUUUCUUUAAGACAAGCCUCCAGUUUGAUCUGGAGCUAUACACCAAGCAGAUGAACAACGGCGUCUCUUCACAAAAAUUGUUGACGAUUUGGCAGAACAAUAGAGAAGAACUUGAUGCAUUAACAAAGGCUGCAGACGUGGGGCGCCUGGAUCAAGAGAUUCUUGCCUUGCAUUCAGAGAUUGUGGAGCUGCAGAGGAGUCCGUAUGCCAGAAAACAAGGAGAUGUACUAGAACAGCUUGAAAAACGAGCAAUUGAACUCUACAGGCAAUUGACGAUGAAAUGUAAAAGUCCUGACCCCCCUCGUGGUUACAGUGACAGCUUAGAUAUGGUGAGAACAGUCGUCCAGACAGUUCAGAAUCAGGACCGAGUGUUGAAAGAUCUGUACUCUCACCUCAGUACAAUCCUUGUGUGUAAACAACACAUUGUGGAUUUGUUCCCUCAUCUGAAAAAGGCCCUGGCAGACAUAAAAACGGCAGAAAACGCAGUUAUACAAAUGCAAAUGAAAAGACAAAGGGAGUACUGGUAUCUUCUUAAGGUUGCCUGUGGAAAGACCAAACCUCCAGCGCCAUCACCACAACCCUCUAAUAGUGAAACAAGAGAGCUGCUCGAUGAAAAUCAGCGGUAUCUGAAUCAUCUAACUUCUCUCAUGCAAAAUGCUGCACAGAACAUGGAGCACAGUGUGAUGAAUCAGGACUGGAGCUGGACUCAGUUUGAAGAGGUGGAGAUCCAGUCACAGAAACCAUAAAGACUUUCCAAAGAUUACAAUAACUGGCAUAUCAGAAACACUUUCUGUAUGCUCAUACAUUAUGCGUUAAGACAAUAAUGUGUUAACAUAUGACAGGCCUUAUGAGACAUAGUUCAGACUUUGCUGCACAAACUCCACCACAGUAUAUUCAUACAAGCUUUUACAUGUUUUAAGAUGUUUGUUUUAAUGUAAACAUAUUUAAUGUGUUUUUUCCAUAUGUUUUAAACAUAUUUUUAUUUUCAGAUAAAUCAAAGUGCAUUAUUUCUGUCAAAAAAUGUGUUUACAAUGGAAGCUGACCUGAUGUUUUCAUGUUAAACACAAACAUUGUUUGUCCGAGUCAUCCUUUUGUGUCAGUAAUCUGGAUACCAUUCUUGUAGUUAACAGCCUUAAGAAGAAGAAACAUAUCACAGCAAUAAAUACAAUUUUAAAGGAUUUGGUUGGAAAAUUAUUUAAAUGCCACCUCUGUAUAAAAGUACUUUUUCUUUCCACUUUUGCCUACAUGAGCUAACAUUUUUUGGGUUUUAUUUUAUUUUAAAAUGUUGUCUAGUUUUUCAACUUUUUCAAACCAUUUUAGUUCUUUUUUUGUUUGUUUGUUUGCUCUGCCCAAUUUUUGUUGCCUGACUAUGUUAGUCUUCCAUUUAUUUUAGAACACCUUAUGUCACAUUUGGUCUUUUUUAACUGAAAUAAAUUUUUGGUCUCCUUUCUAGUAAUUUAUGCCCCCUUUUAUCAACAUUAAAAAAAUAUGUUUGUUUUGUCAUAGUGUGUGUUAUAUUUAUAAUAAUUUGUAAAACAAUUAAAUGUAUUUUUUUGGUUAACGUGUUGUUAUUUACAUUUUGAUAGAAUUACUAACCCAAAAUUACAGACAUCUUGCAAUAGAAUAAACAUUCUAAUGAGUUUGAUAUUUGUACAUACUUUUACGAUGAAAAGAACAUUAUUCAAUACAAAGUAACAUCAGCCUUAUUAUUGUGUAUAUAUCAAAUUAUCCAGUCUCAGAAGCGCAAAAUGACUGCAAAAAAGAAAAGAACAAAGCAUUGUACUCAGAAACCUUUUAAAAUUAUAGUAGGCUUUUUUCCGAUAGUCCGUGAAGUAACCUCGAUGAAGCAAAUCAGCGUUGGAAGGGGAGGAGUGACGUGAGGGGGAUGGUCCGUCGAAUGAUAAGACCAGAGUGCAACUGUUCGACACUUGGGUGAGUGUAAGUGAGGAUGACAAUGCCGCAUGUAGGGGCAGUAUUUGCUGCAAUGGCAGGAGUGGUUGCCAUCAUGUUGCACUCUUCCA